CACCGCAAUCCUCUGGCGGCAAUAUCGUUACUGCAUCAUGAUCCAUUCGCUGUAGUUUUCGGUGAGAUGGAACGGAACCUGGAACAAUGCCUGUCUUCUCUAUUCCUCCACAGCAGAAAACCUGUAUCAGCGGAACUGACUGCCAUGACUGCCAUGACUGCAGGGCUUCAGGACUGGAUCCCGAUCCGACUGUUUGUUCCGCGGGUCUCGACCGUCGCUGUCCUUCUCCCUCGCGGGCAGUUCGUGUUCUCAUGACUUCCCCGUUGCCAGGGCGGAUUUCCUGGUUUCUCCCUAUUGAGGUAGUCCUUGGAGUCAUCGUGAUUUAUUUAAGAAGCUUCUACCCCGGUCAUCUGGGUGGCUCUACUACUAGCAUCUACUAUUACACCUCCUCCUCUUCCUCCUCCUCUUCCUCCUUCUCUCCACCUCCUUCCAUUUAACCAGACAACUACACACUUACAAUGUCCCUGUCUAUCGAAACCACCGACGUAGCUCCUGCUCCUGUCCCCAUCCCAGUGCAGGAUGGCCCCGCGCUCGGCUCCAAGUCUCGCAUGCCCGAGUUCAGCCUGGCUGGAAAGGUAGUCUGUGUGUCUGGCGCUGCCCGGGGGCUGGGUCUGACGCAGGCCGAGGCGCUCCUGGAAGCCGGGGCCAAAGUGUACGCGCUGGAUCGUCUCGAGGAGCCCUCUCCCGAGUUCUCAAUCAUCCAACGACGCGCUCAAGAAGAACUGGGAACCGAGCUGCACUACCGUCGCAUUGACGUGCGCGACACGGAGCUGCUGAACACCGCCAUCGAGCUCAUCGCCAACACCGAGGGACGCAUGGACGGACUGGUCGCCGCGGCCGGGAUCCAGCAGGAGACCUCCGCGCUGGAGUACACGGCGGCGGAUUCGAACCGGAUGUUCGAGGUGAAUGUGACGGGGGUGUUCAUGACCGCGCAGGCCGUUGCGAAGCAGAUGAUUCGGUUUGGGAAUGGCGGCAGCAUUGCGCUGAUUGCUAGUAUGAGCGGGACGAUCGCCAAUCGGGGCCUGAUUUGCCCCGCCUACAACGCCAGCAAAGCCGCAGUCAUCCAGCUGGGCCGCAACCUCGCCAUGGAGUGGGGUCCGUACAACAUCCGCGUCAACACCAUCUCCCCCGGGUACAUCGUGACGGCGAUGGUGGAGGCGUUGUUCGUGCAGUUCCCCGAGCGACGCGACGAGUGGCCGAAACACAAUAUGCUAGGCCGUCUGUCCACCCCGAAUGAGUACCGUGGCGCGGCGGUUUUCCUGCUUAGUGACGCCAGCAGCUUCAUGACGGGGAGUGAUUUGCGGAUUGACGGGGGGCACGCCGCGUGGUGAUUGAUGCAUUGAUUAAAUGGGUGUUGCAUGGCGUUCAUCUGAGCAAAGCAAGCGUUGAUCGUUGAUUGACUAGAAGCAUCAUUUACAUCAUAGCUAUGAGAUGGGGGAUUGCGUGUUUCGUUUAUUGGCAGUAUGUUUAGCGCUGCGGGUAGUUGCCUUGACUUGUCGAUUGAAAAUUAG